UAAUGGCUAGAAUCAAACAAAUGUACGAGUUUUAAAAAAAUAUUAUAAAAAUUGAACAAAUAUACUUCUGAACAUUUAUAUUUAAUCUUCUGAAGAUUGCACAAGUUAUGAAAACAUAUUAUAUUGAUGUUAGAGACGAUGAUACAGACGACACCCCAAAAUUAGGUGUAUGGAUUUUGGAUGGUGAUACGUCUUGUUCACAAUUAUUAAAAUUUGCCAUUAAAUCUGAUAAUAUUGAAAAUUGUUUACUCAUACUUGUCGCUAGUAUGACACAACCAUGGUCUAUCCUGACCGUAUUAAAAAAAUGGACUACAAUUAUUGAAGAUCAUAUUGAUCGUUUAAAAUUAGAUACAAAUAAAUUACGUGAAUUAAGAGAUAAAAUUCAAUAUGAUUUUCAACAUUAUUUAGAACCAAGUGAAGCAACGAACAAACGUUUAACAACAUCAGCUACAUCAACUUCAUUAGCGUCAUCUUCGACAAGUGCAACUCCCACAACAUCACCAGCAACAACACAAAUAACGAAUAGCAAUAGCGAUGAUCAAUUUAUUUUACCAUUAGGAGAAGGAGUGCUAACAAAAAAUCUUGGCUUACCAGUUAUUGUUGUUAUUACCAAAUGUGAUGCAAUGCCAACAUUAGAAAAAGAAAAUGAUUAUAAAGAUGAACAGUUUGACUUUAUACAACAUCAUAUAAGAAAGUUUUGUUUACAAUAUGGAGCUGCCUUAUUUUAUACAUCUGUUAAAGAAAAGAAAAAUAUUGAUAAAUUAUACAAAUAUAUUGUUCAUAAAUGUUAUAAUUAUCCAUUUCAAUAUUCAGCUGCUGUUGUAGAAAGAGAUUCAAUAUUUAUACCAAAUGGAUGGGAUAAUGAGAAAAAAAUUCAUAUUCUACUGGAAAAUUUACAUCAAAUUAAACCAACAGAUAAUUAUACAGAUAUAAUAGUUAAACCAAUUGUUCGACGAGUAAGCAUCUAUUUGUCAACAUUAAUAACAGCCUCAAAGUUUAUCACGAAACGUUUAAACAGUCUCGAAAAAUCACAUACAGGCGUUGGUGUGAUAUAUUUCUUUAUUGUUUAG